AUUAUACUUAAGUAAAAGCUGUAUCAUGCAGUUUUUGCUUAAUUUGACAUGGCAUCUUAACAAAGCAACAUAUAAACAUGCAAGGGGUGGCAGCAAGCGUCAGAUUUGGGACGGAUUUCGGGCGGGUAUGCGGCACUUCGUGUGUCGCUGAAGGAGGGGCGGCGACGAUGACGGACGCGGGGAGUCCCGCGAGCACAGACAGCCGCAACUCGGACGAUGCCAACUGCAGCAGCAUCCGGGAGCAGGACCGCUUCAUGCCCAUCGCCAACGUCAUCCGGAUCAUGCGCAAGGUGCUGCCGGCGCACGCCAAGAUCUCCGACGACGCCAAGGAGACGAUCCAAGAGUGCGUGUCCGAGUUCAUCAGCUUCAUCACCAGCGAGGCCAACGACAAAUGCCAGCGCGAGCAGCGCAAGACCAUCACCGCCGAGGACCUCCUCUGGGCCAUGAGCAAGCUCGGAUUCGACGAUUACGCCGACCCGCUCUCGCUCUUCCUCCACAAGUACCGGGAGAUUGAAGGCGACCACAGGGGCUCCAUACGAGGCGAGCCAUCCUUGCUCGUCUCCACCAAGAAACCAUCGUCGUCUUCAUCCUCGCCCGCUCCCUCGGAUCAUCUCUACGCCGCCGGCCUCGGCUACUACAAAGACUCUUCCGCGGCACCACUGUCUUUCGUCCCGGAUCCUUACGGCUACAAGUAGGAGUAGAAGAGAGCCCAAGUUUUCCAGAGAGCCAAGUUUUCCAUCGGCCAAAAAACGCUUUAGGACUCCACCCGAUCAAGUAUUGUAUGAUGGUGAUGACGACGAUUUUAUGAUACAUACAACCCCUCAAAUGCUCGCCUCCGGUCGCCACAUCUUCUUCUGAGCGGCCA